GGGUAUAAGAUUUAGUUUCCAGCUUCUGACAUUUUGUUCCUUUUACGAUCAGGAAAAGACCAAAACAAGAAGAGUCUCUGUCCUCCAAUGGCAGAGCUACGACCAAACCAUCGUCCCCCUCAGGUGUUCAUCAGUUUCAAUGGAGCUGAGCAUCGCGACAACUUCAUCAGAUAUCUUGUGUGGGGAUUGAGAAGCGAAAGAAUCAACGUUUUCAUUGACACAGGAGAAGCCAAUAGGAGAGAGAUACGAAACCUUUUCACAAAGAUCGAGGAUUCAAACAUCGCGGUCGUCAUCUUCUCCAAGAGGUAUACAGAGUCAGAGAUAUGCUUGAACGAGCUUCAAAAGAUGCACGAGCACGCUGAACAAAACAGACUCGUGGUGAUUCCUGUCUUCUACGACGUGAGCACGAGUGAUGUGAAGAACCUCGAGGGUGAAUUUGGUAGUCAUUUCAAGGAAAUGAAGGAGAAAUACAGAAACGAUCCACUCAAGAUGUUGAAUUGGGAGGAUUCCUUGAGCUCAAUAUCUGAAAGAACCGGCUUAACCUCAGAAGAACACGGAACGGGUUUAGGUCUUGUCAGGGAAAUAGUUAGCGCCGUUAAGAACGAGCUACCAAACUCCUCGGGAGGAAGAAUCAAUAUGUCAAAAGGACAAGUGUUUGUUUUGGCUUCAGCUGCGGUUUUUCUCUUUACUCUCUUCACAGCGCGUUUGUUUUGCACGGAUGUGAAAGCUUACAAGGCUGUUAACAAAGACUGGCUUCGCCAUAGCCACAGGUAUAUGAAGUCUGUUGCAGCAAAGACUGGCUUCGCCAUAGCUACAUGUAUCUUUUUGUUUGGAUUAAGAUUCUAUCAACAGGUGUUCAUUAGUUUCCAUGGAGAUGAGCUUCGCGACAACUUCAUUAAAUAUCUUGUGUGGGGAUUGAGAGACGAAAGAGUCAACGUUUUCAUUGAUAGAGGAGAAGCAAACAGGAGAGACAUACGAAACCUAUCCACAAAGAUCGAGGAUUCAAACAUCGCUGUCGUCAUCUUCUCCAAAAUGUAUACAGAGUCAGAGAUAUGCUUGAACGAGCUUCAAAAGAUGCACGAGCACGCUGAACAAAACAGACUCGUGGAAAUGAGGGAGAAAUACAUAAACGAUCCACUCAAGAUCUUGAAUUGGGAGGAUUCCUUGAGCUCAAUAGCUGAAAGAACCGGCUUAACCUCAGAAGAACACGGAACGGGUUUAGGUCUUGUCAGGGCAAUAGUUAGCGCCGUUAAGAGCGAGCUACCAAACUCCUCAGGAGGAAGAACUAAUAUGUUGAAAGGACAAGUGUUUGUUUUGGCUUCAGCUGCGGUUUUUCUCUUUAGUCUCUUCGUAGCUCGUUUUUUUUGCACGGAUGUGAAAGCUUACAAGGCUGUUAAGUGUUUGCUAGGUGUUCCUGUUUUGGUUGGUCUCUUGCACCAGCUUUAUUGUCUAUGAACUUCUUCAGUGAUCACAUUUAUCACCAAUUCUUAGUCAAAUGGCUUUACUCUGUUUCAUUGUUAUUUACUACUACUACCUAAAGAACAAACUGUGUCCUGUAUUACUCUGCUUUUGUCUGUAAGCUUAUGAAAAUAACAGUUUAUUGUCUUUUGUACUCUUCUUCAUUGGUAUGAACACGUGAAGGGUUUCUCUCUUAAUAUUUUCCCUGUAAAAACGUUCUUGACCGACCCAUGACCCGGAACUCAGAGGAUUACAGUGAUGUUUAAAGAUGACUGUUGUUGUAUAAUAUUAAAGAAAGACUGAGGAAAAGGCCUAGACUUUGGCAUUAAUUCACGAAUUGGUCUGACGAAUAAAGAAUGCUUUCUCUCUUCUCUGUUUUUUUCAGUCGAACCUACCACCAUCGGGCAGGUCCAACUACCCUUUCCUCUGGUGUUUGUCAACUUUCGUGGAUCCGAACUAUCCGAUAACUUUGUCAGGAAUCUCGUGUGGUCCUUGAGUUGAGAGAGACCCAGUGAUCAGCGUCUUCAUUGAUAACUACGAGCGGAAGUGGAGAAAACUAAAAGGUCUCUUCACAAGGAUCAAGAAGUCAAACAGAUCACGCUUGCAAUCUUCUCUGAGAGGUACUAUAAGUAAAAAAUGGUGAGUUUCACCAUUCUUUUCAACUAAAUGAAGCCGAAAUACACAGAGGAGCCUGAGAGCGCCGAGAGAUGGGAGUGUGACUAAAAGAUUUGGAUUUUCCCCGGCAAACUACAGGUUCUUCGAUUGUUCUCGAUGAAUCUUCUAUCACAGAUAUAGCAGAAUUACAGUUCUUUAUCUAACUCAUGUUUUUUUGCAGAAACGAUGACUAUAGAGGUUAACUAAAUGAUGAGCGUAGUUCUCUUUACUUGAUACUCUCUUCAUCUUUAACAGUCUCUAAAUUCAAAACCCACCAAAAAAAUCCGCAUUCUUGACCCGACCCAUGAGACAGUGAUGUGCUUUCUCUCGUUGUUGCCAAAUAUUAAACUAAAGACUGAGAAACGCGUAUAGACUUUGACUCAGGGUAAUGGAAAACUAGUACGGUGAAUAAAAAUAUGGUCUCUCUUUAUGUUUUAUAAGAAGCCAAUGAGAAGAACAAAAGUCUUCACCAGCUACAUUUUCUUUUUUGUCUCUCUCAGGCGAACUCACAAAACCAUUCCAAUGAAGUCGAAGAAGGCCGCCAGAGCACCACGUCCCCCUCAGGUAUUCAUCAACUUCCGAGGAGAUGAGCUCAGAGACAACUUCGUGAACCAACUCGUGAGGGCCUUAAGAGAAGCAGACAUCAAUGUCUUUAUAGACGUCCACGAGUUAAAAGGGAGAAAACUAAAGACUCUCUUCACAAGGAUCCAGAACUCAAAGAUCGCCCUCGCCAUAUUCUCCAAGAGGCACUGCGAGUCCGAGUGGUGUUUGAAUGAGCUUGAGAUGAUGAAUGAGCAAAUGAACCAAGGGAAACUCGUGGUGAUCCCAAUCUUCUAUAACGUAACAGCAAACGAUGUGAAAAGAGCAUGCGAUCUCGAUAGAGAAGCCGAUUCCAAGGGCAAAGAAGGAGAGUUCACUAGACUUUUCAAGAAAAUGAGGCAGAAACACGCAGAUGAUCCCAAGAUGGUUAACAGAUGGGAGCUUGCCCUGAAGUCUGUAACCGCAAGAAUCGGCCUUUCCACUGAAGUAUACAGAAAGUCUCUGGUGAAGUCUAUAGUUGUGGAGGUUAGGAGAAAUCUAGGGAUGCCUCUGGAGAAACCUAUGUCUGAUAUAAAUAUUGCCUUCAUGGCUCUUUGGGCAAGUUCGGUCUUUAGCUUUAUCAUAGCUCCUCUGCUUUUCCCUGAUGUGAAGUUCUUCAAGACUGGUAAGUGGGUCUUAAGUAUUCCGUUCUUGGUUGUUGCGUGGCACAUGUGGGAUAGGGAAAACCAAAACACACCUUUGGCUUACUUCAGUCAACUGAGCCCUUCCACCGUUUGGGUUGAUAUGGAGAGACGUAACAACGAACCGGCUUUCGCCGGGAAAGGGGCACGGCGUCACCACACCGCUUGAGCUUGUGAGAAUCAGACCAAACCACAGGAUUUUUGUCUGCCACCGUUCUUCAAGAGCCGUGGCUAUAACAGUUAUAAAGACCUGAAGCGAAUUGCAAAACUUCUUUUCUUUGCGAGAUCUUCUUUUGUAUUGCUUUUAGUUAUCAUUGGAAGCAUUAUUGUAUUCUUUUUCUUGACAAAAUAACAUCAUAAAAUCUUUAUUUACAGAACAGAACAAAGUUUCAGACCACUAAUACCUUC